UGGAGGAACGGAGGAGUAUAAUCUAAAAAGUUUACAGGGUUUAUUGAACAAGAGAACCCUCACAUUCGAACAAAAAUGACGGAAACCGCUGCACCAGAACCACAAAUCGUAGAGUCCAACGCCACCGUCGCCGUAGACAUGGUUAUUGAAAACGCUGAACUCGCGGAGGUUACCGCCAUCGAUUCAGAAGCGAACGACGAGUCCAAUCAGAAGCGUGCCAGAGAUGACGACGAAAAACGUGUUACCAAGAAGCAAAAGGUGGAAGCAGAAGUGGAAGAGGAUGAAGAAGGAGAAGAAGAGAAGAAACCAUCAGGCCCUGUGAAAUUGGGUUACAAAACUUUCGGCUCUUCUUUGGAGUUGUUCGAUUAUUUCAACAGUUUUCUUCAUGCUUGGGGUCCUAAUCUUAAUGUUAACAAGUAUGAACAUACGAUGUUACUAGAAUUGCUCAUGAAAGGUCAUCCAGAGCCUGAUCAAAAGAUUGGGGGAAAAAUCCGUGCUUUCCAAGUUCGCAAGCAUCCUACAUGGAAAAGCAAGUGUUUUUUUCUCGUUAGGGAGGAUGAAUCAGCUGAUGAUUUUAGCUUCCGUAAAUGUGUGGAUCAUAUUCUUCCCUUGCCAGAAGCAAUGCAAGUGAAACACGAUGCAAACAGAGCAUUAGGUGGUUCUGGUAAAGGAAAGCAUCGCGGUGGUGGUGGGAGAGGAGGUGCACGCGGACACGGGGGAAAGGGAAAACCUAGACAUUGAGUGACUAAUCUAUUGCUGGUCAUGGAUGUGUUUUUUUAAGAUUAUAAUGUUUUUCUGUAUACUUAACUAAGCUUGUUUCAUGUUUCCUGCCGGUAGUAAACAGCUAGUAGAUGUAGUAUUAUGUAAAAUACAUAUUUGACUUUUUUAUUUAAGCCCUGAUCCUUUGCUAAAA